AUGUCCAUAGCACGAUUAGUAUACUCUCUUUUCAGAAGAGUACGAUCGGUUCUCUUACUUUUCAUUACCAUAUCGCUAUUAUUUUAUUAUACGUUCCAGAAUGAAAUCGACAUCUUGAAUUCGUAUGCUUUAAACGAUUCAUUACCGUCUAUAAACAAUUAUGAGCACAACAUAGAGGACUCUUCGAAGCUGGAUUCUCCAGACCCAUAUUCAGUCAGUUCUGAUCGAAUAGCCACUGACAAGGAAAACAGCAAUGUCGUUGUGGAUUUGUCAGAUCCAGCUACGUUAAGAGAAAAAAACAAGUACUUCCCCUUGCUCUUAAGGGAAUCGUCUGACCAGAUUGGUUCGAAUUUGCCAAUUUCGUCUCUGUUGACAUAUAAGGAAAAGUAUCCCGUCUUGUUUGAAUACUCAUCACCUUCUCUAGCUCCUAUAAGCCAGAAUGACAUUCAUAAAAUACAGCCGACAAUGCAAUUACCUCCAGAUAGUGACAUGAUAAAACAGAUAAAGGACAUCUUCAUGAAAUCAUGGGACCAAGAACAGUUGCUUCUAAAAAGUAACCUAAGAAGGGAAUCCACUUGGCCCAUAGAACUAACUGAUUCUUUAGAUACGUUGUAUCUAUGCGGUGAAACGAAACUUUUCCAAGAUUCCGUUAAUAUAAUAGAAGAUUUUGACUUUCGAGUACCCCCGUCAGCAAUGGAAAUAAUUGAUAUCCCUGACAUCACUACUCGUGUCCUAGAAGGGUUACUUUCUGCUUACGAAUUAUCAAUGGAUAAAAGAUUACUUAACAAAGCAAAACAAGUUGCCGAUUUCAUAUUAAGAUCGUUUGAUACCCCUAAUAGAAUCCCCAUUUUGAAAUAUUUUUGGAAAUCUGAUCUGAGAAACAGAUUUCCAGACCGUACUGCUCCAUCAGGUCAAUUGACCACUAUGUCACUCGCUUUUAUUAGGUUGUCACAGUUAACCCGCUUGAGUAAGUAUUUUGACGCUGUAGAAAGAGUUUUCACCACUAUACGUCAAUCGUAUAACGAAUUUGACGUGGAUUUUAUGUUACCUGACGUUGUUGAUGCUUCUGGUUGCCAGUUAUUAACUCAAGAGGAAAUUGAAAAUGGUGCACACAUAAAGGGAUCCAGCAUCAUGAAAAGUAUUAAUGAAAAUUUCAAGUUCGUGCACUGUCAGCAGUUAGGGAAAUUCUUAAAGCCUCCGAUAAAUGAGAACAACCUUCAGACACAAUCUCAAUACCAGGCUUAUGGAAUUAAUGAAAAAACGGUGCCAAUUUUGGAGAAUCUAUUCAAAAUUAAUGAUCUUUUCCAAUCCUCUUACGAUAUCCUAGAUGGUUCAAGCAUAAAUACUAAUGCUGCCACGAGCGAUCCCAAUAUCAACUCAGAUGCAGAAGCUGGUGGCAAAAUAAUUGAGAAAAGAAACUUUAAAGACGGUACUAAAAAGGAUUCGACAAAAAACAUCCUAAGCGAUAAAUCAGUAAUAGACUCGCAAAUGUUUUUUACAAAUUUUAUCAGUCACAUUUUCAAAUUUAUGACGUUUCAACCGAUGUUCCCCAAGCAAUCGGGAAACAAAAGGGUGAAAUUUCUAAAUUCCAUUUUAACAAAAUCUCAAUUCAUGCCCGCAACUAACGAGUUAGAUGUCACCAUAAGAAGAUCUUACGAUGUGUCAUCAAACUCAUGCAGACUCGGCGGCAUUCUAGGUUUAAGUUCACGUAUUCCCCACCACGGCGGAACCAACAGCAAGUACAUUUUACCAUCGUCAUUAUUGGAAAUGAGCGAAAUAAUAACACAAAGUUGUUUUGCGCUAAUGAAGGAGUUCGACGGGCUGAUCCCUCAAAGAUUUGAAUUGGAUCCAUGCGCUGAUGGGACUAAUGAGAAUUGUGAGUUUGACGGUGAAGCUAAAUCGCGAAUGAUUGUCAACGGCGAAUAUGAGACCUUUGAAAAUGACCAGGUUGUCGGGAUCAAAGUUUCGAAUUAUGGUAGAGGUGGGAGUGGUGAGAAAGCUAAGAGAAAUUUAAUAGUCAGAAAUGGGGUAACAGAGACUCAAAACACUAAAGAUGAUACGGUUGAAAACGCGAAAUCCGUUACUGCAAUAGACGGCGGCGAAAUAACACAGAUACGUAGGGUUUUUACGCUUGGUAAGAAUAUCAAACCGCACGUUACAACAGACGAUAUUGUGGAUUCUCAGUGGAAAAACCAUCCGGACUGGCCGUUUUGGGUAAACAAAGUGGAAUCCAGAAGAUUACUGGAUUCGAAUCUGAUCGAAUCUAUAUUCUAUAUGUACAGAAUUAGCGGAGAACAAAAAUGGAGAAGCAUGGGUAAGCAGUCAUUUGGAAUUUUAAUACAAGAAUUGAUGAAGCUAAACAGUGGUGCCAAAGGAUUAUGGCAAGUGAAGGAAUUUUACGAAAACGGCGAAAAGGUGAACAGUUAUUUACCUAGCUAUUGGUUCUCCAGAACAUUGAAAUAUUACUUGCUAUUAUUUAGCGAUGGUGAUGAGGUUUGCCUAGACAAAUUUAUCCUAACUCAAGGAGGCCAUAUAAUCAAAAAGAAAUGA